AUCUCAAGGGGAAGCAACAACAACACAAUAAAUAAACAUCAACAAAAAUAAAUAAAACUUUACCAAAAAAAAUGGCAAGAUCAUUCGCCUUCGUUGCUCUCAUUGUCUCCGCUCUUUGCUUCACAUCUGUUUUGGCUGCCCGUAAGGUGCCGGCCGAUAAUGUUGAAGUUUUCACCGUUAUUGGCAAAAUUUACUGCGAUCCUUGCAAAUUUGAAUUUGAAACAAGACUUAGCAAGCCCCUCGCAGGUGUCAAGGUGACAUUGAUGUGCAAAAAGGAAGAGGGUAACAAUGUGACAUUCGUGAAGGAGAGCACGACCGAUAAAAAUGGUAUCUAUAAAAUCAAUGUUGAUGGCGAACACGAGGAAGAAGUUUGUGAGGUGAGUACCAACUCAAACGGAAAGGGUGAGUGUUCUUUGCCUAUGGCAAACAAAUCCGACAGGAUUGGUCUCACCAAGAACAUGGGUGUGUCUUCCUUGGUUCGUUUUGUUAAUCCCCUUGGGUUCAUGAGUAAGUCAAUUGAUAGCCAAUGUGGAAGUGUUAUCUCUGAAUUGGGUUUGGACAAGCUUGAUGAUUAGAUAAUAUUUCAACUUAUUCUUUAUUCCUAGUUGGAAAAAAUAUUUAAUAUGUAAAAAGCCAUUUAAUGUGGUUUAUUUAUUAAGGCUCAGUUGACCUGUAUCAUCUAUAAUAUAAACCAUUAUUUCUCUGCAAAAAUGUGUUGUUGGUUAUUUGUAACUAUUCAAACACAUGUUUAUUGAAUAUUGAAUGAGAAUUUGGAGAAGUUUUGGUA